UUGAAUUUUAAGUGUUUUUGGGUAAUAGGCUAAAUUUGAGCCAACAAUAGAUCAAAUCAGAAGCUAAGCUUCGGAAGGUAACUGAAAACAGGUGAACACAAUGACGACACAGCAGGGCAAUCAACCAAUGACAAAACAGGGUUGGAGACUUGACUAGAAUAAAAAACAAAACAGACAUGGGCCAUAAUCAAACCAAAACAAAAACAUGGAAGUGCUGAUUCGUGAUGGAAGCUUCUCAGCACAUGCUGCAUACCAUAGCGCUCUUUUGUUCUGGCAAGAUUUUUUCAGAGAUGUUAUUGGGCUAAUAAUAACAACAUUAUUGCAAAUGUUGGCCCAAUAAUUUUUUUCCAUUGGGCAAACAGGGUUAACAGGUUUGCUCCUUUGCCUCCUGCCAACAUUGUCCCAAUGCUGGCACAACGUUUGUAUAGGGAGAGCCAACAUACAAUGGUGCUUGAAAAUUUGUGAACCCUUUAGAAUUUUCUAUAUAUCUGCAUAAAUAUGACAUAAAACAUCAUCAGAGUUUCAAGUAUAAUACUUUUGUCUCAUUUGUUUAACUGGGAUCUCUUUAUAUACAUUUAGGACUUGUGUGAAAAGAAGUAUAGGAAAUUCUAAAGAGUUCACAAACUUUCAAGCACCACUGUACCUACCCAAAUUAGGAGUUAGGCCAGUCAGUUUCCUACCUAAAGUCAUAUCUCAAUCUGCAUAGUGCCAUCUAGGGGCCAUCUAUCACUAUAUAUUUCCUUGAAUAAAGCAGUGUAUAUACUUAUUUUCAGGACAAUUGACAAUAGAAUCAAAUAGAGAGGUCUCAUUUCUUUUUGUUGCAUUUUGUUUUAAUUCAUAAUUUAAAUUCUGUUUCCCUUUCUAACAUUAUUUCCAAUCUACCAUACAUACAGAGAUUUAGAUGCAUAAAAAUCUAGAGUUUAAAAACCAUGUUGUGUCAAUUCGUGCAGUUUUAAGAUUAAUCCUUGUUUAUUUUUACUGAAAGUUUAUAUUUUUCAUAGGAUUAAUUCAAAUUAAAACAAGGCAAUGUCCAAAAUAUACAUUUUCCCUACUCUAUAUUGUCUUAAUGGUUAAGAUAGUUGUCCAGACACACACAAAUAUGUUUUUACGUAGAGUAUUAUACAGUAUUAUUGCUUAAUAUAUUGUUCUGAUCUGGGUUGAUCUAGGCCCUGAGUCGUGAUCUCUAGCAAUGUGUAGCUAAUGCGAGCUCCAGUAAUAGCUUAACAUAUAACAAUGUGGAGGUUACAUGUAAAUGGUCAUUACCAUUUACAGAUACUGUGCUACCUGUUUUGAAACCUAUUGAUUUGCAGUGACCAAUACCUUUAACCGUGACACGUGCCAGCAAAUGAUACCCUGCAAAAUAACAGAGCCAUGAGUUUUUCAUUUAAUCUGACACUUGUGUGUACACUAUUUCUCUUUGUUCUUAACACAGGUGCACACAUAGCACAUAUUGUUGCUUCCUGCAGUAGAAAUUGAGCAAGGGUGAGUUAUUGCAAGAGAAGAGACAGAAGCUAUUAGCCAACAGCAAUUCAUUAAGUAUUAGAUUCUUAACACAACUGAUCGCCUAAUACCUUCACAUUUUCCCUCUUCUAGACACAGCAUGAUCUAAUGUUGCUAUCUUUAACAAGCCAAGCCGAGUUCAUAUACUCUUGCUAAAGACACACACACACACACACACACACACACACACACACACACACACACACACACACACAGCCGCGGCUGUCCCAAGGACAUCUUGCACUUGAAGAGACACACACACAGGCGCCCACACACCCACGCACACACACAGAAAGGCACGCAUUGUGGUUUCAGCAGCAUACCAGCACAGACCCGUGGCAGUGUGAUCGGCUGUAGACCACAGAGACUGGGAAUAAACCUACUUACUGGAGUGACAACAGGGGCUGUGCAGGAUUUAAGUCUCCUUCCUUUUUUUUUCUUAUUUAUUCUAAUCUGCUGUCCUUUCCUUCCUCUCACAACCCCUCCUCCUCCUUUUUUUCCCCGGGGUUGCUGUUGCUACUGUCAGCAGGAGAAUAUUUUCAUUUCCCUUUCAGAGCAUUCUAGGAGCUGUUCCUGUGUCUCUCCAUUAUUCAUCUACCCUAAAACCUCACUGUAUGUAUUCAGAGAGGUUAGAGCUGAGAAGGACGUCAGAUAGGGAGACGACAUUUGCCCAGGUAGCAGCCUGUCUGACCUAUAACAUUGAAGGUGGGCAUCGAGGCAGACUGAUGCUUAUCCUGUUCUGAGGUGGGAACCACUGUCACACAUAGGCAGACCGUAGCUAUGUGGCUCAUUGCUGGGACUGCAAUAAGGCACUGCAGAGGAACCAAUCAAAACAGCGUGUAUGAAUCAUGAAUUCUGGCAGGGAGAGAAACUACAAUAUGACAUACAGCACUGUACAGUACAUCUGAUUUAAAAGUUUACACCAGCAGUGGUGAGCACAUAAAGAGACCAUAAUUAUCACUGUUUCAGCUUCUCAUGCUCCUACUCCACAUCACUAAACACACAAAGGAAGGAACACAUACAGGCAGGAAAGACUGUGGGUUAUAAUGAUCAUAAUCAGCAUAAACAGCCUUCCCCAAAAUGACACCCUGCCUGCCACAGUAGCAUUGCCACUUCAUAGAUCCAGUAUCUCUGGUCUGACCCUAAGCUCAGGAAACCGGAGAACCCAGACGAAACCCAUACGGACAAAGGGAGAAUGUCUGCAGACAGACAGUAACCUGAGCUUAGGAUCCUACCUGGGACCCCGGAGCUCAGCGCACUGUGUGCUCUACCUUCUGGUUCUGCACCUUCAUUUGUGCUCCAGUUGCCCAUCCAUUUGUAUGUGCAGUUCCACUGAGGCAGACUGUGGUGGGCAUGACAUGAUUACAUUGCCUGCCCUAUCCCUGCUACCUUCAACUAUUCAGACCCUCCUCCUGCUCAACAACCACCUCACAUCCUUGUCUGCUUCAGCAUUCACCAACCUCAGCUCAUUGGUGAGGCUUGACCUAUCCAACAACUACCUGGACAAUCUGCCAGCCCACGUUUUUGCUGAGCUGGCCAACCUGACUGACCUUAGUUUGAGGAACAACAGCCUAACAGCACUGGACCGUGACCUCCUGCAGGGCCUGGGGAGUCUUCAGCGGUUGGAUGUGUCACUGAAUGGCCUACGUACUGUGCCUCUUGGUCUGUUAGAACAUCAGCAUGGCCUCACCUGGCUCUCUCUGGCAGGGAACAGACUCCAGGCACUGGAUAGGGCUGCCUUUGAACCACUUGCGAACCUGCAGCACCUUGAGCUUGGCUCCAACCCAUGGGAAUGUGACUGCAAUUUGCGUGACUUCAAGAACUGGAUGGAGUGGCUCAUCUACCGAGGUGUGGGGGAGUGUUCAGACGCUAAGUGUGCAUGUUCACGUGCAAUGAAUUGUGGCUACGUGGAUGCUGUGGAGUGUACCCUCCCCAAAGAUCUCAGAGGCCGUGACAUCCGGAGUGUUCCUGUAGAGAUGUUCAACUACUGCCUCCAAUCAGAUAACGAGAAUGGGGGUGGGACUGGAGGAACAAAAGGUGGCUCUAUGCCGUGUGCACGUGCAACCACUGCUCCAUUGCCUGAGAGCACUGUGGUACAGAGUGAGCCAGAGCCGGUGGAUUGUGCUAAGCAGCGUUACCGGCCUAUAAGUGUCCGUCGUGCCAUUGGCACUGUGGUGAUUGCUGGUGUUGUAUGUGGCAUUGUGUGCAUCAUGAUGGUUGCUGCAGCUGCUUAUGGAUGCAUCUAUGCUUCUCUUAUGGCCAAGUACCAGCGUGAGCUGAAGAAAAGGCAACCCCUGAUGGGGGAUGCUGAGGCUGAAGCUGACCCUGAGGAGAAACAGAUUUCAUCAGUCGCAUAGAAAUAAUAUAGAUUCUAUAUACAAUUAUGUGAUGACAAUGGUCUCUUUGCAUUCCUGCUUCCACACCUAGUUUUAAACAUGUGUGCACUGUUAUGUACCAUUUGGGUGUUUUAACAUAUAGUUAUUUUUAAAUAAACCAUACUCAGUCCUCUUAGUGGUCCUGAAAGGGAACUAGCUGCAAAUUACCUCAGUAUUUUGGUGUUCAAGUGGACUCAAUACAAGUGGACUCAAAAGUGGACUCAGUUUGUUGAGCUCGUUGAUGAGCUCUCACGGCACUUGUUCAGAUCACAACUUCUUAUUUUAUAUGAUGCAAUCAUUUAGUUGUGGAUGAAAAAUACUAUAUAGUGGGGGGGGGG